GAGCCUCAAUUAUGGCUAGCAAGGGCCAUGAAACUGAGUCCCCCCCAGAGACACCGUAUAGGUGAACACUGGAGCGGAGCGAACCCUGUCCCCACAGUCCAGAAGUUCGUCGAGCACCUCGACCGAGAGAAGAAAGAGCGAGACAUCCGCAUUGACGAGGAGAAUAAAGCCAAACAAGAGCGAGACCGCAAGAUUCAAGAACUUGGACAUGAUGAUGACCAAGGAGAUGUAUCUGUACAUAAGGCACGGGAGGUGUCCAAGGCGAAGACUAGGAUGGUGACCGAUCCUACCACCGGUCGCGAGAUUGGGGUGGAAGACCAAGAUGAGACAUCUAUGGAGGCCGUCUUAAACCCAACUUUGACGGUUCCCAAUGCGAAUCUCGGCCAACCAACCGAUGUCAAAACCAGUCACGACCAGGAUUUUGCAGAGUAUAAGGAAAAUCAAGAUAUCACCGCGCCUCCAGAUCCCAUCGCUGAGGGUACAACAUCCGAUGUCCCAAUCCGCGGCGAAAAGACGAACGUGCUAUUCCACCCCACCCCUACUAUAUCAUACCAGCCGAUGUUCGACCAACUAGAGAGACAUGGGAUGGGGCUUUGUAUUGGAAUUCCUUUGGCAAUUAUCAUUCUCGGUCGAUUCUUUGGAGGAUCGCUGCUAGGACUUGUUCCGCUGGCCGCGUGCAUUGCAAGCGGCGUCUGGCUAUGGGUGCAACAGGUCAUUAGAAGCGGCAAGGAUAUGGAAUGGCAUAGCGAGCAGCUUCGCGGAGAGACGGCCACUGCCAAUCUUCUCCCUGAGUCGGUUGAAUGGAUGAACAGCUUCCUCAGCGUAGUCUGGGGUCUCGUCAACCCGGACAUGCUCAUCCCAAUGGCCGACACAAUCGAAGAUAUCAUGCAAGCGUCCGCACCCAGCGUCGUGGAGAACGUCCGCAUCGCCGAGAUCGACCAGGGAAACAAUGCCCUCCGCAUUCUGAGCAUGCGUGCUCUUCCCGACGACCACGUCGAGAAUCUAAAGCAAAACAUCCACGAGGAGAAUAUCAAGAAUAAAGACCCGCAAGAAGCCGCCGCUGCUGAGGAAGGCGGUAGCUACUAUAACAUGGAAGCUUCAUUUGCGUAUCACGCCAAGCCGACGGGCGCAAGUGCAUCUUCCAAGGCCCGUAACAUGCAUAUGCAAAUCGUGUUCUACCUGGGUAUCCGGGGCCUGUUCGGAGUGCCUUUCCCUGUCUUCGUCGAGCUUACUGAAUUGGUCGGAACGGUUCGACUUCGUCUUCAGAUGACCCCCGAGCCACCUUUCGCGAAGGAACUGACCUUCAGCUUGGUCGGCAUUCCACAUGUGAAGGCGGGUUGCGUGCCUAUGCUCCGAAGAGGUGUGAAUAUCCUCAAUCUGCCUCUUAUCUCAAAUUUCGUCAACUAUGCCAUCGGUACCGCUUGCGCCAUGUUCGCUGCACCUAAAUCCAUGACGAUGGACCUGAGUAUGCUGCUCAAGGGUGAUGAUAUACACAAGGAUACACUGGCGUUGGGUGUUAUGUGGAUUCGAAUCCACCGGGCUAUCGGCUUGAGCAAGCAGGAUCGCCGUGGCAGUGAAGGCGGCGGCAGUGAUCCGUACAUCAACCUAACCUUCUCCAAAUACGGCAAGCCUAUGUACUGCACACGAGUCAUUACUGACGACUUGAACCCGAUCUGGGAAGAGACUGCAGCUCUACUUGUGACGCCAGAACUGAUCAAAGCGGACGAGAACCUCAGUAUUGAACUCUGGGACUCGGACCGCAACACGGCGGAUGAUGUCGUCGGAAAGAUCGAGCUGCCCAUCCGCGAAAUGCUCCAGCACCCGGGUCGCAUGUUCCCCCAGAUUUCCAAGCUACAGGGCCUUGAUGAGGGCAGUGAGAUGCCUGGCCAGCUGCACUGGGAGGUGGGAUACUUCGGGAAGCCCAAGUUGCGCCCAGAGCUACGCACGGAUGGCAAGAAGAAGGACCUUCCAGAGAAUCUCAAGGGAGAUCCGACGUUCGAAGAUGAAAAGGGAACUAUUAACAACGAGGAAGAGGAUGCCGUUAUGCACACACCUCCUGACCCUAUCUGGCCGAGUGGUAUCAUACAUAUCGUCGUGCAUCAGAUUGUGAACCUCCAACUCGCCAAUAUCAAGGGUAGCGACGGAAACCGGAAAGGCAAGGAGUACGAGCCUGCUAAACCAUUUGGUGAAAAUACCGAGGAGCAGGGUGACGAGCUUCCUACGAGUUACUGCAAGAUCCUGCUGAAUGAUCAGUUGUCCCUCCUUCUCCUUCAGAUCUAUCGUACACGUCCCAAGGCUGUGAGCUCUAAGCCUAUAUUUAACGCCGGAACCGAACGAUUUGUUCGCGAUUGGCGGUCUUCCGUGGUCACUAUCACUGUUCGAGACCAGAGAUACCGUGAACAUGAUCCAAUCCUCGGCGUCGUCCCUAUCAAGCUGUCCGACAUAUUCCAGACAAGCUCUCAAGUUACACGAUGGUACCCCAUGGAUGGCGGUAUCGGAUUUGGGCGUAUUCGCAUCUCCCUUCUUUUCCGACACGUCGAGACAAAGCUACCCCCAGCCAUGCUCGGCUGGGACGUUGGAACCUUUGAAUUCACGGCCGACAGGGUCCUCGCAAAGGGAUUCGGUCGCCAGUCAAAGAUCAAGAUGCGCACCGGCGGAAGCUCGGGCAAGAUUGGCCGGAAAGCGGGCAAGCUUGAAGGAAGCGACGUGGUCUAUGAUACAUCUGACGAGAGUUACCGUGACUCACUGCGUCUGCCUGUCAAGCAUCGGUAUAGAUCACCCGUCGUCUUCGAGUUCCACAGCCAGGGCAAGCGCAGCGCGACGGCAUAUGCUGUUCUCUGGCUGCAGCAUCUAGUCGACAACGAAGAUACCGACAUCGACCUCCCGAUCUGGACGACGAAAUCUGGCCCGCGCCUGACGCAGAACUACAUCACCGAGAAGAACUGGAAGGCCAAGGAAGUCCCCGGUCUCGAAGACCUCACCGAGGUCGGAAGACUGCAGUUCCGCUGCAAAUUCUCGCCAGGUAUCGACGAGUCGCACGAGCAGUUUGUCGUCGACAAUGAUUCCCGCGAGACCUUUGAAACUUGGGAAGCUUGUAUGGCGCAGGGUGUGCGGUCCCGCACCGUUGAGAAGAAUGUCCCCGAGGAAGUCCAGCAGAAGCACGAAAAGUCGCUCAUCGACGGCAGGGAUAUCCUUAAGCAGGCUGAUCCGGCCGAGCGUCGUCGUUGGCUCGAUCGCGAAGGACACGAUUGGAGUGGUGCGUUCGGUCAUGACCCGCGCGCCUAUACAGAUUCUCUCGGACGCAAAGUGGCAGAGCCUGGUCGUGAUGUUCCUCCACAUGACCCGGUGACACUCCCGCCUCUGAAAGGCCAGCCGAAUCCCAAGCGGAAAGAUGGAGCGGGUGAGGCAGACGUCGUUAAUGGGGAGAAUGGUGAGAUGUCGGAUGAGUCCUCGGACUCGGAUAGCGAGGAGCUCUCUCACGGUCCUUCGACGAUUAGUCCUUCGGCUGAGGCCUCCUCAUCCAAGGCUAGCAUGUCACAGACCGAGGAGUCCAACCGACGUAGUGAUCAGCGGCAACAGCGUGGCUUGAUGCAGUGGCGUCCAGCGCGCAAUGCGGUCUUCGUGAAGGAUGAGGCUAAGUAUGCGCUGAACAAAAUGAAGAAAAAGGUUGGCGUGGGGGGGAUUGACUGGCCGAGAGCCAGACGUCGAGACUGA